AUGGUACCGAAAGCUGUGUUUAGAGGUAUUCUGGUCACUGGCUUUUGUUCCUUGCUCUGGUUGACGUUCCGACAUCUUCGCGGCUCUCGUGCAGUAUUUACUGAGUCGCUACAGUCGAUAGACCUUCUGAGCCCGGCUUCACACCAUGGCCGGAAGACUUCGGAGCUCUAUGCCUCCAGGGCUGCGCAUGAUCUCUGUUCCGUCCAUGGAUACUCAGCUUUUGUGCCCAAGAGUCCCUCAAGCGAGCGCAAAGUCUACGAUAUGCUCAUGAUAAACGACGAGCUGGAUUUCCUUGAAAUACGCCUCGAUGCAUUGUACGACUACGUCGACUACUUCAUCAUCGUCGAGUCAGCCAAAUCAUUCCAAGCCAACUCGAAGCCCCUUAUCCUCAAAGAGAACUGGGACAGGUUCCGUCGAUAUCAUCACAAGAUAAUCUAUCACGAGUUAGUCUUCCCAUCGAACUUCGACCCGCAUCGCGCCUGGGACUACGAAGACUUGCAAAGAGACGCCCCCUUCGACCAAGUCCUGCUCAAUCUCAACGGGCCAAGAGCCCCAAACAAAGGAGACGUUCUCAUUGUAGCCGACGUCGAUGAAAUACCCCGUCCACAAACCCUCCUCGUCCUCCAAUACUGCGACUUUCCCCGCCGUCUAACACUCUCCUCCAAGUUCUACUAUUACUCAUUCCAAUUCCUCCAUACCGGUCCAGAGUGGCAGCACCCUCAAGCGACAUACUACCAAGGACACCAAACCCUCAAACCCACCAACCUUCGCAACGGAGACGGCGGCUUCCGUCCAUUUCGCUUCCUCGAGAGGGACGUGCUGAGCAAUGCGGGCUGGCAUUGCAGCAGCUGUUUUCAGACUAUAGAUCAAUUUCUCAACAAGAUGGCGAGCUUUUCUCAUCGGUGGAUGAAUCGCGAGGAAUAUAGAGACAAAGAUAAAAUUGCUGCUGCAGUGAGAGAAGGUAAGGAUCUUUGGGGGAGGGAACAGGAUCAGUUUGUGAGGAUUGAAGACAAUAAGGACAUGCCAUCACUAGUGCUCAAUGAGCCAAAUCGGUUCGGUUACAUGAUUAGUCGGGAUGGGCCGUCAGCAGGAUUUGUAGAUUACAACAGAAAAGAAAAGAUCUGA